CCUGCGCUCGGCGCUCGGCGCCACUAGGGCGGGGGCUCAGUGAGCUUCAGGGCGAGGGGGCGGGACUUCCGCAGGAAGCUGGCUGGGGCGUUGUGCCGUGGCCUCGGCGGCUAGUGCUGCUGGGUAGGAAGGCUGUGCUCCGUCUGCCUCUAGCUGGUGGGGCAGCGAAAGCCUGGCUGGGCCUAGAGAUAGUUGAGGAGAGGGCCUGGGCGGAGCGAACGGCCCGCGGGGCUCGGGUCGGCGCCUGAAGGGCCGAGGUCCGGGCUCGCUGGAGGCCCGAGGGGAGAAGUAUGCGUUCCGCUCCGACAAGGCACUGCCCAGGGACAACCUCGCCUUUAGUGUUUUCACUGACCACAUUUCCUUUACUCAGGCUCUCACCUCGGGACUAGAAGGAGCCCGCGAGUUCCCCCUCGGGUCUGUGGAAACUGUCCCGUGACUGUUGGCGAAGAUGCCAUACCUUGGCUCCGAGGACGUGGUGAAGGAACUGGAGAAGGCUCUGUGCAACCCUCACAUUCAGGCUGAUAGGCUGCGCUACCGGAAUGUCAUCCAGCGAGUGAUUAGGCACAUGACUCAGGGCUUGGACAUGUCUGGUGUUUUCAUGGAAAUGGUGAAGGCCAGUGCCACUGUAGAUAUUGUUCAGAAGAAGUUGGUUUAUCUGUACAUGGGCACAUAUGCACCUUUGAAACCAGAUCUGGCACUCUUGGCCAUCAAUACGCUAUGUAAAGACUGCUCAGACCCCAACCCAAUGGUGCGAGGACUGGCACUCCGGAGCAUGUGCAGCCUCAGGAUGCCUGGUGUGCAGGAAUAUAUCCAACAGCCUGUACUUAAUGGUCUGCGGGAUAAGGCUUCCUAUGUCAGAAGAGUGGCAGUCCUUGGCUGUGCCAAGAUGCAUAAUCUUCAUGGAGACUCUGAAGUGGAUGGUGCUCUGGUCAAUGAGUUAUACAGUCUUCUGCGUGACCAGGAUCCAAUUGUGGUUGUGAACUGCCUGAGGUCUCUAGAGGAAAUUUUGAAACAGGAAGGAGGUGUUGUCAUUAAUAAGCCCAUUGCACACCAUCUCUUAAAUAGAAUGUCAAAACUGGAUCAAUGGGGCCAGGCUGAAGUAUUGCACUUUCUGCUCCGCUACCAACCCCGCAGUGAGGAGGAGCUGUUUGAUAUUCUCAAUUUGUUGGACAACUAUCUCAAGAGCAGCAGCACAGGUGUGGUGAUGGGAGCCACCAAACUCUUCCUGAUCUUGGCAAAAAAGUUCCCCCAUGUACAAACUGAUGUGCUUGUACGAGUCAAGGGACCCUUGCUAGCUGCCUGUUCUUCAGAGAGCCGUGAGCUCUGUUUUGCUGCUCUCUGUCAUGUCCGCCAAGUCUUACAUAGUUUGCCAGGUCACUUCAGCAGUCACUACAAAAAGUUUUUUUGCUCUUACUCGGAACCCCACUAUAUCAAGCUACAGAAGGUGGAAGUGCUGUGUGAACUGGUGAAUGAUGAGAAUGUGCAGCAGGUGCUAGAAGAGCUUCGAGGGUACUGCACGGAUGUGUCUGCUGACUUUGCACAGGCUGCCAUCUUUGCCAUAGGUAGCAUUGCCAAGACUUACACAGAUCAGUGUGUACAGAUUCUAACAGAGUUGCUGGGGCUCCGACAAGAACACAUCACUACCGUGGUGGUGCAGACUUUCCGAGACCUGGUUUGGUUGUGCCCUCAGUGUACGGAAGCUGUAUGUCAGGCCCUGCCCGGCUGCGAGGAGAACAUUCAAGACAGUGAGGGGAAACAGGCACUUAUUUGGUUACUUGGGGUUCAUGGAGAAAAAAUCCCCAAUGCUCCUUAUGUGUUGGAGGACUUUGUAGAAAAUGUGAAGUCAGAGACAUUUCCUGCUGUUAAGAUGGAGCUGCUGACUGCACUAAUACGCCUCUUCCUUUCACGCCCUGCGGAGUGCCAGGACAUGCUGGGACGUCUAUUGCAUUAUUGCAUAGAGGAAGAAAAGGAUAUGGCUGUACGAGACCGAGGUCUCUUCUAUUAUCGCCUCCUGUUAGUUGGCAUUGAUAAAGUUAAGCAGAUCCUGUGUAGUCCUAAAUCUGACCCUUCUCUUGGACUUUUGGAGGAUCAACCAGAACGACCUGUGAAUAGCUGGGCUUCAGAUUUCAACACACUGGUGCCAGUGUAUGGCAAAGCCCACUGGGCAACUAUCUCUAAAUGCCAGAAGGUAGAGCGUCAUCGCCUUGAGCUACCUCCCAAUGCAUCUUUGGCCAAACCAGGUCACUUGAUUUCUGAAGAGAACAAACAAGGAAUAGAAGAAUCUCUUGAUCCUGAAGCUCUGAUGCUGGUCCCUAAUCUCCAGCUUACUGCUGAGUAUUUUGAGAAAACAUGGCUUAACCUCAAAGUUACUCAUCAACAGGUGUUUCCUUGGCAGGGAGAAGUCCAGCCCGACACUCUCCAAAUGGCUCUAAAAGUAGUGAACAUUCAGACCAUCGCAAUGAGCAGGGCUGGGGCACAGCCCUGGAAAGCCUACCUCAGCGCUCAGGAUGAGACUGGUUGUCUCUUCUUAACUGAGUUACUACUGUUGAAGCCUGAGGACUCAGAAAUGCAGAUCUCUGUGAAACAGAGUGAGGCAAGGACUGAAGCACUGCAUGGUUUUGUUUCUGUGUUAGAAACUGUGAUCGGAGCAGUUGGAGACAUAAAAUCCUGAGAGUCUUGCUGCUUGCCUGCAGUAGAUGAGCAGCUUUCAGAGUUCCUUCAUUUUCUAAUAGAGCUGCUUCUGAGUCCACAUAGCAAAUGCAAAGAGAAUGGGCAGUCUGGGAAUCCCAGCUUUUGUGUUUACCCAAAGGCUCCUCCCUUGUUCCCUUCCAGCCUGUCAGGGAUUGAUCCCAUUUUAAAAGAGAACGUUACACAGUAGUAUUGAUAAGGGGUAAGGUGGGACAAGGAUAGGAUAGGGAUCAUUUUAGGAGUAGUAUUUAUUAAAUAUACGUGGUGACUGUGGAAAUUGGUAGCUGUCAUUUUUGAGGGUGUUUCUUUUCUUCAGUAAAGUGUUGUAUUUUUAGGCAUGCUUUUUAGGUUAGGAUCCAAGAACCCUUACUGUGGCAUCUAAAGUACCUCUUCAGUGCCGUGGCUCACCACUCCUGAAACAACCUCUAUUCUGACAAGGUGGUUUACAAAGAAGAAAAAAAAAAAACUGGUUUAUUGUGGUGCUCUGAGUGCUUUUUCAUCCCGGACCUUAACAUCUACUUCUUCUCCAGAGCAGUUCCUUGCUCUCGUGUCUCAACCCUUAGUGUGUCUUUCUUAGUUCUGAGCUCUUCUGGGAUGUUUUUCUGUGACACUCAUUGCCUUCAUUAUUUAAGCUAUCAAAGCUGCCAUGCAGGAACUGAGGAUGUAGCUCAGUUGUAGAGUACUGGAUUAGCAUGCACAGACCCCAAGUUCAUAAAACGGAGCAUAGUGAUACACACCUUUAAUCCCAGUGCUCGGGGUGGAAGCAGGAUGAUUAGAAGUGCAAGGUCAGCUACAGUAGGAUGUUUGAGGCCAGUGUGGGAUACAUGAGACACUGUGGAGAAAAAGAGUCCUGGUGAGAUAGAUGGCUUAGUAGGUAAGGUGCUUGCUGCCAAGCUUGGAAAACUGAGUUCGAUCCCCCUGACCCACAUUGUUGAAGGAAAGAACCAACUUCCAUAUGUUUAUUCUCUGAUGUCCAUCCACACGUAUGCUGUGACACAAAGUAUGUUCCACUACAUUCAAUAAAUACAUUUUUAAAAACUAAAUUAAAAAUAGCUUUUAAUGAUCUGGCAUGAUGACUUAGUGGAUAAAGCACCUAUCACUAUGAUGACCUCAGAUCAAUUCCCAGGACCCAUGUGAUAGAAGGAGAGAACUAGCUCCCAGAGAUUGUUGUCUGACCCCAUUCAUACACACUCAUAUGUGUGUGCCCCUCACCCCAAAUAAAUAAUAACUAUUAAAGAUGUUCUUCAGUUGGUAUUCAUACUUCUAGCA